GUUGUACCUUGACCUCAUACACACCGUUCAGCGUCCAGCCUAGCCUUGACUGUGACUAUUCGACCCACCAACCAUCGUAAACCUGAAAUAUCUACUUGAAUAGGCACAACCUAUCUCUGCCACUCAAUUCAUAUAUUAGCGCGGCAAACGCGUAAACUUGAUAUUCGCCUCGUAUCCUCGUAUCUUGCGGGCGAUACAGGAAACAUGUCAGACGUUGUCGGCGUUGCAUGUGUCGUUGACUCCUCUUUGACCUUGGCUGCAGAAUGGCACAACGUUCUCAAGGAAUACGUCGCGCCUCUCAUGCAUCGCGUUAUGGAGAAUCAUCAUCCUAGACCUCUUCGGUUCGCGUACGUGUGCUAUGGCCCCUCGAAUGCCCGCCCCCAGCCUCUUCUCCACAAGAAUCAUUUUAUGGAAGCCAAAUCCUUUGUUAACGAACUCAAACUCGAACCUUCCAAACAUGGCAUCGGACAGACGGGAAGCGGGGGCGAGAAAGGCUUGGCUGCGUUGGAGGGGCUCGUGGCUGCUAUUGAGUUGUUUGAUCAAUUGAAGGAGUCGACACAAAAUGCGGUUUCGUAUAUCCUGCACGUUGCCGCUUGUACACCUGAUAGUGCGGAACGGCCGUUGUGGAAUACGUCUCCUCGUUUAGACUCCAUAACAUGGGAUAGCCUACCGAUGGAAAUGAAGAAGAGGGAUAUUCAUUAUACGAGUAUCCUACUCAGGCGAAUACCUCGACUCACAACGUUCUUUACGGCGCAGGCUGCCUCGGGCUUGACGCAACAACCAUGGUUCAAUGUCCGACCGUCCCAUCAGGUGUACGUCUCUGGUAUGCCGACACGAAAAGCGAGCGUGAAACGACCCAAUGAGGCAAGUGCUUCGAGUGCGGAUCGUAGCCCUGAAGCAAAACGUGUUCGUGUCCAAUCCCAACCGACACAAGCUUCCCCAAAAUCAUCGCCUUCAAUCCCUGUCAAACCCGACCCUGAAACUCCAAAGGUCGUAGCACCACCACCACCUCCUCACCCUCCCGCUCCUGCGCCGGUAUCCACGCAGCCUGCCGCACCUACAAUUCCAGCGAUACCUCUUGCUGCCACUGCGUCCGCCGCUCUCGCUCAAGCACAGGCACCUGCCAAUAUCACACCCGAGAGUCUUAAGGGAAUGACUAUAGACAAACUUACUCUCGUUAUGACGAGGCUCGGACAGUACGAAGAACAGCUGAAGCAGAGGCACGCAAAUUUUCGUGCGAACAUAGCAGCAGGCAAGGAACCAGAUCAGAAAGAGAAAGCGGAGAUCCAGAUUCAAGCCGAUAAGCUCAAUCAGUUUAGAGUGUGUAUCCAACAACAUUUUGCGGAGAAUCCAGAACGACUGGAGCAGGCGAGGAAGCUGCGACAAAUGAAUCAGUUCCAACAGCAGCAACAAGCGAUCCAGCAACAGCGGGAGAAUCCUGCGAUUACUGCGACCCAGGCGGCGGCUGUGUCUGUCCCUCAGCCUCCCGUUGCGUCGUCGUCUUCGUCCCGCGGUCAAUUUCAGGCACCUCAACAAGUGGCGGGUAUGCAAGUACCCCCAGAGCUCGCUGCGCAAUUCCAUAAACUGGAGCAGCAACGAAAUCGCACACCACAUAUGCCUCCGGCUACUGUACCACAGCAGCCUCAGCAGCCCCCGCUUCCGCCACAACCUCAACAACCUCCACAACCUCAGCAGCCUCAAGCGAAUGUGUCCCCGCCCCAGAACCAGUAUGUAUUGAUUUGGAGGGGCAAGUUUGCUUGGAUGGACCCUAUGUUAGGCCUGAACGAAACUGAGGUGUCAGUGCAUAGAACUGCACAAACUGUGGAAAUUUCAACAGCGAACUGGCCUCCUGGGAUUGAGCUGAAUAUAGAGAAUGAGCCCGGUCCCCCCAUUUGGGCUAUCACCCAAUGGAGGGAGCUUCGUCAGAAUAUCAGAGUUAUUCCGCUCUUCAUCACACAACCGCAAGGUGGUGAUAUGACUCGGUAUUCGAUGCUCGUAAAAGCUAUCAUCGAGAAAAAGACGACUGCAACAGCACGAUGGCCAGACGCCAAUGGGAACAAUGCCAUUCGCCUUUUCCUCUUCCCUUUCUCGCCAACGGUCAUCGCAGCGAUGUAUUUCCUAGAUGGUACAAUGACUGUGCCCAGAGGCGUGGUCGCAGGCUUCAAUUUAAAUACGCUUAACAAGCAGAUGGGGGAGUUCUUGAUGAAACUUCCUCCACAAAUCGCAGACGAACUCGCGAAACUCACCCCGGAGGAACGUCGAGUCCGGAUUCAAUACGUCUUGCAAAAGACCGGAGCACUGCAACAAGCCCAGCAACAGGCGCAACAGCAGCAGCAGCAACAACAACAGCAGCAACAGCAACAAGCACAGCAACAGCAACAAGUACAGCAGCAGCAACAAGCACAACAGCAGCAACUUCGACCUACGGUCCUUCCAGGCGCACCGAUGAAUAUGAUGAGCAUGAACACGAUGCAGCCGACGGCGAGUAAUCCUAUGCAAGGACAAGUCAACGCUGGCAUUCCGCAGAUGCCUAAUACCUUGUUUCCUAAUGCCAACGUCAUGCAGAUGCCUCAUUUCCAGGCCAAUGCGGGGAUGAUGCAUCAGCGAACACCGAGUGGUGGCGGGGGUGGGGGUAUUAUCAGUCAGGAGAUGCUGCAGUCGUUCAUGCAACGUAACACUGGAAGCACCGGUGGCAUGUGAGGCUGUUAGAUUCUUCCGCUAUCUAGUUUCUGGUGGGAUUCAUGGAUUGUAGUUCUCGUUCUCGUUUACACCGUCGUUCUGUUCAAGUUGUACAAUUAGAAUUCAGCUCGGAAAGUCUUUAUAUGUCCUGACGCGAUAAGGCUUCUGCUUGGAGCGAUUUAUUUUCCCAACGGCGCACCAGUGAACACAGUCCCAAUGGGAUUCCACGCAGGUGUUAAUUUGAAUCCUUUCCCCCCAGACGUGCAAGGGUGGCUCCUGCAACUACCACAGCAAUACAUAGAAGGACUUGAAUGACUCUCACGAGGGGAGCGUAUCGCAUCGUUGCGGGGGGUACGUAGAGAAGAUGCGAACUGCUCAACUCGCUCAGUCUCAUCAAAGACACCUACCGCCAAUUGUUCUAACUGGAGAUGAUGUGCAUUUGUCAGAACAUUCUCAUGAAGACGACAUUUCUGAAAGCGACGACGUAAAAGAUGAAUCGUAGGAUGAUAGUCAUGCCAUACGAUUGUGUACGGAUGUAACAUGGGAUUCACAUGUCAGAUAGCAGGCCAUACUACGACGCUCGACCAUGGAAUAUAAAUACAAUCUGAAUC